AUGGCGACUUCUAAACUGUGGUCUUGUACCGAAACGGUGCUUAAUGGAGGUAUCAAAUUAUUCCUGUACUCGUCGAAAAACACUAAACUUCGUGUUGCCAUCGGAGAAGUUCCUGGUCCAAUGGUUCAUGGAGCUGUUUCUUUUGUCACUGAAGCUGAUUCGGAUGACGGCCUUCCCCAUACUUUGGAGCAUCUUGUUUUCAUGGGAAGCAAGAAAUAUCCAUUCAAAGGAGUUCUGGACGUUAUUGCUAAUCGCUGUCUGGCUGAUGGAACAAACGCGUGGACGGAUACCGAUCACACCGCUUACACCUUGAGCACGGUAGGAUCCGAUGGCUUCCUUAAAGUUCUCCCUGUCUAUAUAAACCAUCUACUUAGUCCUAUGCUCACUGCUUCGCAGUUUGCUACUGAAGUCCAUCAUAUCACCGGAGAAGGAAACGAUGCUGGAGUCGUCUAUUCAGAAAUGCAAGAUCACGAAUCUGAAAUGGAAUCGAUUAUGGAUCGAAAGACGAAAGAAGUCAUCUAUCCUCCAUUCAAUCCUUACGCAGUUGAUACUGGAGGUCGUUUGAAGAACCUACGCGAGUCGUGCACUCUUCAGAAAGUUCAAAGUUACCACAAGCGGUUUUAUCAUUUGUCAAACAUGGUUGUAACUGUUUGUGGGAUAGUCAAUCAUGAACAACUGCUGGAUAUCAUGAAUAGUGUCGAGAAUGAGCAUAUUGCCACCAACCCAGAGCAUUUCCCCAAACCAUUCGCCUUUACUCUACCGGAUAUCAAAGAAUCUACUGUGCAUAAAGUUGAGUGUCCAACUGACGAUGCAACAAGAGGAGCUGUGGAAAUCGCGUGGUUUGCUCAUCACCCAUCUGAUUUGGAUACCCACUCUUCACUUCAUGUUCUUUUUGAUUACUUAUCGAACACUUCUGUGUCUCCUGUUCAAAAAGAUUUUAUCCUCUUGGAAGAUCCACUCGCCAGUUCUGUUUCUUUCCAUAUCGCUGAAGGUGUGAAAUGUGACCUGCGCCUGAAUUUCACUGGUGUUCCUGUUGAAAAAUUAGAGACAGUCGCUCCUAAAUUCUUCGACAAGACUGUCCGUGAGCAUUUGGAAGAAUCCUACUGGGAUAUGGAACGCAUGGGCUAUCUUAUCGAUCAAACUAUCCUCAACGAACUUGUGAAAUUGGAAACAAAUGCUCCAAAAGAUAUUAUCUCUCAUAUCAUUGGUCACCAGCUGUUCGAUAAUGAAGAUGUUGAGCUUCUGAAAAAGAGAACAAAUGAAAUCGACUUCUUAAAAAAGUUGAAGUCCGAGCCAGCAUCAUAUUGGGUUCAACUUGUCAAAAAGUAUUUCACUUCCGCGAGUGCUACAGUGAUCGGAGUUCCAGACGAGGAACUUGUUGACAAGAUUGCAAAGGAAGAGGAAGAAAGAAUCGCUGCUCAAUGUGAAAAACUUGGAGAGGAAGGUCUCGAGAAGCACGGAAAACUUCUGGAAGAUGCGAUCAAGGAGAAUACGGCAAACCAGCCGAGCGCUGAGCUGUUGGAUCAAUUGAUUGUCAAGGAACUUGAAGCAUUUGAUCGUUUCCCAGUUCAGUCUCUCACUUCGGAGUCGCAAUCUCUCACUUCUCAACAGACAACUUUCCUUUCUCAGUUCCCGUUCCAUGCUAAUCUUCACAAUUGUCCGACUAAAUUUGUGGAGAUGUAUUUCCUCAUGGAUUCUUCUAAUCUCUCUAUUGAAGAUCGUAGUCUUCUGUAUCUCUACACUGAUCUUCUUUUUGAGUCUCCAGCAAUCAUCGAUGGAGUUCAUACAUCUGCAGAUGAUGUCGCAAAACUCUUCACCAAAGACCUUAUCGAUCACUCGAUUCAAGUUGGUGUCUCCGGACUUUAUGAUCGCUUUGUAAAUCUUCGAAUCAAAGUUGGAGCUGACAAAUAUCCACUUAUCGCUAAAUGGGCACAAAUCUUCACUCAAGGAAUCGUCUUCGAUGCUUCUCGAAUUCAAAUGUGCGCUCAGAAGCAAGCUGGUGAAGCUAGAGAUAGAAAAAGAGAUGGAUGUACUGUUGCAUCUACUGCUAUUGCUUCUUUGGUUUAUGAGAAGAAUACCAAUUGCUUCUUGUUCGAUGAGCUCGUCCUUGAAAAACUUCACGAGAAGAUUUCGAAGGAAGCUGCUAAGAAUCCCGAUGUCGUAAUUGAACAGCUCGAAAGAGUUCGUAGUUCUCUAUUCUCAAAUGGAGUUAAUGUUCAUUUUAUUGCUGAUGUUGAUAGCAUUGAUCCGAAAUUGAUGAGUUCUGAUCAAUGGAAUUGGGUUCAAUCUGAUUCAAGAUUCGGUCCAGGAGAUCGUUUCUCAGCUGAAGCCGGAGAGAAUGUUUCACUUGACCUCGGAAAAGAAUUGCUUGUGGGAGUUGGUGGAUCGGAGUCAUCAUUCAUCUAUCAAACCAGUUUCCUUGAUGCCAACUGGAAUUCAGAUGUUCUUAUUCCAACUAUGAUAUUCGGACAAUAUCUCUCGCAAUGUGAGGGACCACUUUGGCGUGCUAUUCGUGGAGAUGGUCUCGCUUACGGAGCCAACGUUUUUGUGAAGCCCGAUCGGAAGCAGAUCACAUUGAGUCUCUACAGAUGUGCUCAACCAGCAGUCGCCUAUGAGAGAACUAGAGAUAUUAUUCGCAAUAUUGUCGAGAGUGGUGAAAUUUCAGAGGCUGAGUUUGAGGGAGCCAAAAGAUCAACCGUUUUCGAAAUGAUGAAGAGAGAAGGAACUGUGAGCAGUGCUGCGAAAAUCAGUAUUCUGAAUAACUUCCGCCAGACACCUCAUCCAUAUAAUACUGAACUCUGUCGUCGAAUUUGGAACUUGACAUCUGAUGAAAUGGUGAAAAUAGGAGGACCCCCAAUGGCUCGUCUCUUCGACGAAAAAUGCUUCGUGCGUUCCAUCGUUGUCCAUCCGUCGAAAAUAAACGAGAUGAAGAAGGCUUUCCCAGGAUGUACCAAGAUCAAGGUGUCCGAUUUGCAAUUCGCCUGCUGA